ACAGUUCAUUUUCAAUACAAUUCAUCCAUUCACACUAAACAGAACAACAACAGAAACAAAAAAAACCCUCCCAAAAAAAACCAGAAAAAACCGAAAACAACGAAACGAGCUCCAAAAAUGGCAUCCACUGAUUGUGAGCCUGGCAAAUCAUCGUCAUCUUUAGAAAAAGCGGCUGCACUUGCUGCAGCCAUCAAGAAUCAUCACAAGAAACGCCGCCAAAUGAGCAACAACAACAACAACAAUAACAUGAGCAACUGCAUCACUUAUGUCCAAUGUCAGAAUCUGAAAUAUAAUGUCAUCAUACUGGGCUGGCUGGGCGUCAUUUUUUCAGCCGUCGUGCUAUGCAGUUCCAUGUUGACCAUGCACCUGCAGCUGGAUAUCGAUGGUGCAAUCAAGCAAUGGCUACAUACAAGGCUCGUCGCCGAGGAGCAACAAUUGCUGUCAAAUUUGUUGGCCAUCUUUAGUACUAUGGCUUAUGGUAUGUCAUUGAUCAACACUGGCGUUAGCCUUUUGCUGCUUAUAGGAGUGGCACGUGAUACCAGCUGGCUGCUAUAUCCUUGGCUUAUUUUCCAUGGCGUUGUCUUUGGCUUUGGCCUAUAUCUAGGCGUUUUCUAUGCCACUGUUGGCCUAUUUAUAGAUUUAUCUAGUUUUCUAAUGUGCCUGCUGGUAUUCGCUCUUGUUUUGGUAAUUUUCUACAAAAUUUAUCAUGAGGUCUUUACUCUAUUCCGUGUAAUGGAGCAGUUAACAAAAUAUCGUGAUGUCUCUGCCCCUGGUCUAUAUUAUCAAGAUCCCGAGCAUGCGGCUUGGGCAGCUGCCGCUUAUAGGGCUUAUGGGCUACCUCUUAAUCCAUAAAUAUAUAUAGUACCGAACUGAACUGCACCACUGCCAAUAUGUUGUUUAUAUAUGACAAAAAUAUGUUAUAUUAUAUACUAUAUGCGAUAUAUUUACCAACAUUUACAUAAUUUAUUUACACGCGACACGCAAAAAGUUAGUUCAUAAAUAGGUUUCAUUUAAAAUUACAUAACAGCGCAUAUAUGACUAAGUAAA